AUGUGCAAUAGUUUUCUGUACUUUUUUAUUGAAAAGGUUGUGACUGCCAGGUCUCUCAUCUCUGCUUCUGCAUCCGACCCCUCUGUGCCUGUUCCUUGUUCUGCAGUUCUUGACAGGUUUGAGCCUGUGUCUUUGUCAUUUUUAGAAGAGCUGGUUGGCCAUAUUAAGCCUGCUGGUUCUCCCUGUGAUGUUGUCCCUCCCAGGCUGUUUAAAGAGGUUUUCCCCUGCAUAGGUCAGUCUGUUCUGGCUAUCAUAAAUAGCAGUCUGUCCUCUGGUGUUGUUCCGCCAGGUUUUAAACAUGCAGUGGUGCAGCCUCUACUUAAAAAACCAGGCCUUGAUUGCAGUGUGCUGGCCAAUUUUAGGCCAAUCUCCAAACUUCCUUUUAUUUCAAAGAUUUUAGAGAAAGUUGUUCAUGUUCAGCUAAAGUCCUUUCUGGAUGAGCAUGGUGUCUUGGAGGUCUUCCAGUCUGGUUUUAAAACUCGCCACAGCACAGAGUCUGCUUUAAUGAGAGUUUUUAAUGACAUCCUCCAGGCAAAUGACUCUGGUGAUUAUGUUGUUCUUGUUCUGUUAGAUCUAACUGCAGCCUUCGACACAGUGGACCACAACACUCUGGUGGCUCGGCUAAGCUACCUUAUAGGUGUCCAUGGUACUGCACUAGAGUGGUUCAAGUCAUAUUUAACAGACAGAACAAUGAGUGUGAGCCUUGGAGAUACAAAGUCCAGCUCUGCUCCACUGCCGUAUGGGGUUCCACAAGGGUCGAUUUUAGGGCCCCUGCUCUUUUCUUUGUAUUUGCUGCCCCUGGGAUCCAUCUUAAGAAAGCAUGGCAUUUCAUUUCAUUGUUACGCUGAUGACAGUCAGAUAUAUGUGCCACUUAACAAGAAAAAUGCUUUCUCCCUCACUCCACUUCUGGCAUGUCUUGAAGACAUCAAAGCCUGGAUGGCUUUGAAUUUCUUAAAUUUCAAUAAAAAAACAGAAGUGAUGGUCUUUGGUCCCAGUGGCCCUUGUGAAACCCCUCCUGUAGACUUGGGUAUUUUAGCAGACUAUUUAAAGCCAACCGUCUCAAAUUUGGGUUUUAAGAUGAACAGUGAUUUUAAAUUUGAUAGGCAAAUUAGCUCGGUAGUGAAAUCCAGUUUUUAUCAUAUUAGGCAGCUGGCGAAGGCAAAGCCUUUUCUUUCACGUAAGCACUUUGAAACAGUAAUCCAUGCCUUUGUUACAUCUCGGCUGGAUUACUGUAACGCACUUUAUUUUGGAGUCAGCCAGUUCUCCCUCUCACGUCUCCAGUUAGUUCAAAACGCAGCCGUCCGGCUCUUAACUGGAGUACGUAAGAGGGAGCACAUUACUCCCAUCCUGGCCUCCCUCCACUGGUUACCCGUGCAUUUUAGAGUUCAUUUUAAGUUUCUUUUAUUUGUUUUUAAAUCUUGA